AUGACAGAAGUCGGAAGUAAAAUUCCUUAUCCGGAAGUCGGAAGUCGGAAGUCGGAAGUGAAAUUUCUUAUCCGGAAGUCGGAAAUGUUCCGUUACUUCAUGCUCUUCGCCCUCGUCUCAGCUGCCUCUGCAGUCACUCGUGCCAUCUGUGAAAACUACUGUUCUUCUGUCAACGGAAGAGCAUCUUACGACAACUGCUCUCCAUGGAUCAGUUUCGCCACCCAACAAAACCAGACCUGCUACAAUGAGUGUGUCUAUAAGUGUGCUGUUGUCUACAAAGGAUCUUGCAUGACUGGAAACAAAUACCGUUGCUGUCUCGAAACAUUCCCAGCCAAGAAGCAGCCAUUUAAGAUCAGUGGAUGCAAUAAACUCUACAAUAAUCUCAUCUAA